AUGGAGACAGAGAACAGCACAAUGUUGACAGAGUUCAUCCUCCUUGGUCUGACCCAGUCUCACAAUGCUCAACUCCUGGUCUUUGUGUUAGUCUUAAUUUUCUACUCCAUCAUUCUCCCUGGAAAUUUCCUCAUCAUCCUCACCAUUAGAUCAGACCCCGGGCUCUCAGCCCCCCUCUACUUCUUCCUGGGCAACCUGGCCUUCCUGGAUGCCUCCUACUCCUUCAUUGUGGCUCCCAGGAUGCUGGUGGACUUCUUCUCUGAGAAGAAGGUCAUCUCUUACAGAUGUUGCAUAACUCAACUUUUCUUCUUGCACUUCCUUGGAGUAGGAGAGAUGUUUCUUCUUGUUGUAAUGGCCUUUGACCGCUACAUUGCCAUAUGUCGGCCUUUACACUAUUCAACUGUGAUGAAGCCUAGAGUUUGCUAUGCACUAUUGUUGGCCCUGUGGAUUGGGGGCUUUGCCCAUUCCAUUGUACAAGUGGCUCUCAUCCUGAACUUACCUUUCUGUGGCCCAAACCAGCUGGAUAACUUCUUCUGUGAUGUCCCACAGGUCAUCAAGCUGGCCUGCACGGAUACCUUUGUAGUGGAGCUACUGAUGGUCUCCAACAGUGGCCUUCUCACCCUCCUAUGCUUCCUAGGACUUUUAAUAUCCUAUGUGGUCAUCCUAUGUCAUGUUAAAGGACACUCCUCUGAACGAAAAAACAAGGCUAUUUCCACAUGCACUACUCAUAUCAUCAUUGUGUUUCUCAUGUUUGGACCUGCCAUCUUUAUCUACACUCGCCCCUUCCGUGCUUUCCCAGCAGACAAAGUGGUGUCUCUCUUCCACACCGUCAUCUUUCCUUUGAUGAAUCCUGUGAUUUAUACACUUCGCAACCGGGAAGUGAAAGCUUCCAUGAAGAAGUUGAUAAUUCGGCACAUAGUUCUAUGA